UUCGUUCGCAUCUCCCGUUCAUCUGCGACCGAAAAUAUGGUCCGUCUGUGUCUUCUGAUAAUGCUAGUAACAAUCGCUGGCCAUACGAGCAGUGGCUACCGAAUUCUCAGUAUCGCCGUUAGUCCCAGCCGAUCGCACGUGAUUGUACAGGAGGCACUGGUUAAAGAAUUAGCCCGGCGUGGUCAUCAAGUUACCAUGGUCAGUCCGUUCCCAUCGACGAAGCCUAUCGAAAAUUAUCGGGAGAUUACGGUUCCGAUCUCUGACUGGGGAAAAACUACGAUGGCUAUAUUCUUGAAGGAUCAGUCCCGAUGGGCAGCUUUGGCUAAUUUUCCAACCACAUGUAAAAUUUUCAUGGAUGCAUCGAACGAUACUCUGAACGAUCCCGAAGUACGUCGAGUGAUUAGUGAAGAAAAGUUUGAUCUUCUAAUCACCGGAAUUAUGACUGACUUUUUACUAGGAAUCGGACAGUUGAUCGGUGCACCGACGGUGGUUGUUUCUCCCAACGCUGCCAUGGAUAUGGUCAAUGAUAUGGUCGGUAAUCCCUACCCGAUCGCUACCAUACCGAACCUAAUGAUGGGCACCCCUAGUCCAAUGGGUUUCGCCAAUCGAUUCGGCAACUUGAUUGGUUGGACUCUGGAACAUGUUUUCGGAUGGUACAUAGUAUCGAAAUCGGAGCACUACUAUUACUCCAACUUUCCGCGUGAUCAAUUUCCGGCAUACGAUGCGGUGAGGAAGAAUGUGUCGCUAGUUCUAAUCAAUCAACAUUUCACCAAAUCUACUGCUCGGCCGUACGUUCAAUCGAUGGUGGAAGUUGGUGGACUACAGAUCAAACCAUCACCCGAUCCGCUUCCCUCGGAUCUUCAGGAAUGGAUUGACGGCGCCGAACAUGGAGUUAUUUUUUUCAGUAUGGGAACCAACCUGCAAAGUUCAUCAUUUCCGAGCGAUAAACUUAUUGUCCUGCUGACCACUUUUGGAAAUCUCAAGCAACGAAUCGUCUGGAAAUGGGACUCGCAGACGAUGCCGGACAAGCCACCGAAUGUUCUGUUGCGUCGAUGGCUUCCCCAAGAUGAUCUCUUGGCACAUCCCAACGUGCGUCUCUUCAUCACGCACGGUGGCCUGGGAGGAGUGGCAGAAGCUCAGUAUCACGGUGUUCCACUGGUCGGAAUUCCCAUGUUCGGCGAUCAGCAAAGUAAUCUGGAAAAAGCCACCAAAGAAGGAUGGGCUGUCGUGGUAGAAUUUGCUGACUUAUCGGAAGACACUCUCGCACGAGCAGUGGGAGAAGUUUUGAACAAUGCCAGUUAUACCGAGACAGCGAAGAAACUCUCCGAACUGUACCGGGAUCGACCGAUGUCGGCUAUGGAUACGGCAGUGUUUUGGACGGAGUACGUCAUUCGGCACCGAGGAGCGAAGCAUAUGCGAUACCCGGGUGUCGACCUGAACUUCUUUCAACGCCACUUACUGGACGUUUGGGCCGUUCUGGGGAUCGGUAUAUUCAUUGUUGUUAAGCUUACUUGCCUUGCAUGUCGACUGUGUCGUCGAAAAACGACCCCAAAAAUUAAAGUGAAUUGAAUACUUCACUUUCGUCACUUGUUAAAACUUCUUGUUUCUUCAUGUUAUAAAAUCAUUCAAAAAAUUAAACACGAAACAUGCUCGUUGUGAACACCAACUCCGCAUACCUAUCGAAAAGAGUGAAGGGUCGUCGUGCUUCCGUUAAGUAUACGUAAUAUCAACAUAUCUUUCGUUCUUCUGUGAACGACGGGGAUGCUGAUGGCCAACAAAGAUGACCAAUCAUCUGCCGAAUCACCGGCACUGAAAAGUACUCAAUAAUCCUAUUCAGAGUUAAUCAAAAAGUCAUUUCCAUGUACUCAAAAAACAGACGAAAAUGACGAAAAAUAAAUGUCACUCUCAGCUCCGUUUGCAAACUUUUGAGAACGACAUUCAUGAGCGGAACCGUAGUUUCAAAUUUGUGUUUAUUUAUUUAUUUAUUUAUUUAUUUAUUUUGGAGCAGGAAAAAGCCCGAUGGAGAUGAAAUUUGGCAAUCUCUCUCUCCAGCAGGCAUAAAACCUCCUCAUCAUUUGUAUCUACAGAUUACAAUGAUCCAACAGAUACAUUUGGGUCUUAACACUAACAAUUAAAACUAAAUCUAUAACCCUAUCUAUAACUAGUUGAUGACACUAAGCAUUGCAGGGCAGUAAUAGCGCUCUUGCUUAAACGGUGAGAGAGAAUAAAAAAGUGAAUAGGUAAAUGUUAUAUAAGGGUUGGUGAGGGGGUGGGGUGGUAAACGAGAGUGGGCUAACGACGGUGUUAGAAGCAGCAUGUUGAUCUAAUUAGUGACCAAAAAGAUGGUGGAAGACAGAGAAAACGACGGGGUUAGAAUCGGCAUGAAGAUCUGGUUAGUGAUCGAAAAACGGAUGGUGGAUGACAAAGAGAAAGUAAAAGGGACGACCGAGUUAAUUUCGACGAGCGAAUCUAGUUAGUUUCAAAUGGAGAUUGUGGAGAGACGGAGUGGGAAAGGUCACAAUAAUCCAGCAGAUACCAUGUCAUAAACUUAUUACUGAUAAUUGAAACUACCCCUAUUACUAUCCUUAAUACUUAAGAAGGAGAGAAGUAAUUCAGAAACAAUUCUUUCACGGUGUUGCGAGAUAAGUGAAAAUCGAACAAGUGAGAACAUCGAUUAAAUAGACGGCACAUACUAGAAAACGGUUCGUUAUAGCCGUAAUUAGUGCGAGCAGAUUGAAUUCUGAGAAAUGGAUGAGAUCGGAGGUUGCGAAAAUUAAUAGCUAGGUUCAGUUUAUGUAACAAUUCGGGGCAAUCAGUUUGCGAUUGUAACAAAUCCGCCACGAAAAUAGCUUUACAGAUGUCUCGGCGUACGGAUAACAAGUCUAAAUGAAAAAGUUUACAGCGCUCACUAUAGUUGGGAAGGUUGUUGGGAUCCCUCCAAGGAAGACUGCGAAGUGCAAACCGAAAAAAAUUUAUGCUGAAUAGCUUCUAUGCGUUGGAUGUGGAGUUGAUAACAGGGAGCCCAGACGACUGCAGCAUAUUCGAGUAUAGAGCGAACCAGUGCACAAUAUAGUGCUUUAAGACAAUAUAUGUUAUUAAAUUUCUUUGUAAUGCGAAAUA